CGCCCGUCAAAACGCGCCAAAUCGGCACACUUGGAAUCUCCCAACGGGGAGAAUCGAGCGAACAGGAGCGCGCGCAUGGCACCGCGAGACGUUUGUAAAUGAAUCGUUUUGAUUGGGCGAGAGCGCGCCUUGGAAACAAGGGCCGUGUGUUUGAUGCGCGCACGGCAGAACGUCCAUUUCGAGGAUGAAUCAGAGGGGAGUAGCAUCAGCAUCCCCAUCACUUUAUUAUGAUCCACAGCAUCGCUGAUUGUCGGACGCGCGCACUCUCGCGAAUAAGGAAAAUACGGCAAUCUGCGCGUGCCGGCUUGUAUUUUUGCCGUUCUGGAAGCUCCGUCUUUCUUUGAACGUGGCAAGGAACCAUAUCGGGCCCCGGGAGGGGGAUGGUGGUGCUGAACUUCAAAUGGAGACAAGAUGUUGGUAUUUUUUCCCUGCUGUUCUUCGGCCAGCAUUGGCAUUGUUACUAUUUUGUUUUUCAAACGCCAACCUAAUGGAUUCUUCUGAGGAUGGGAGGUGGUGUCGGGACGUGUCGAUGAGAAAAUGCAUUUGGAAAUGAUGUGAAAGCUUCGUCUGUGCUGCUGUGAUGAACAAUAAAAGAGCCUAAAUGAUUGCAACUAUCAUGUAAAUAUACUGAAGCAUCCUGGACUGUGACUAUGUGUGGCAAUGAUGCUUAUGUGGUGGUGUUUUUGUAAAAUACUAUUUUGCAUCUUCUUCAUCCUCUUCUCUUAUUCGUGCAUCCAGCUUUUGGAUUGCUGUUAUGAAAAUUCAUCUUUAGACCUGGAACAACGUGAUGAUGGCUAUUUAUUCUAAUACCACAGACUUAUUAUUAUUACUAUUUUUAUCCGCCGUUCAAUGUAGGCAUUCGUAUUAUGAUAUGGACGUUCAAUGUAUAGGAACAACACACACAAAUGCCUUCAGAGGGAAAUUAACAAGCCAACACGGUGUCCAGAGAUCUUUCUGACCAAUUGCCUUUGGUUUGGACACGUUCCUCUGAGACUGCUGAAUAGAAUAUUAAUAACAGGCCUAGGAGGAACGAUCACCAACAAAAACAACAACAACAACGAGGCCCAUAAUAAUAUUAAUUAUUCUAUUUCUCUGUUAAACAAUUACACAAUUUCACAUCUGGCACACAACAUACACAUGUAGUCAAACAUGUUCAAGAACCGGAUCCGCAUGUUUUUUAACGAACUGAAGGUGCUGGUGUUCAUGCGUUCCGGUUCUAGACGGUCCGACACUGACGAAGACACAAACAGACGAUCCAACAGCAUGAGGGGGCUCAGUAUGGGCGGCUGCGGGUGGCCGCCCUUUGUCGACUGCUCCGGCCGCGAUGAUGAGGAGGAAUACUACGGCAGAGAGCCCAGGCCCAGGAGCCUGGCGUUCGAGGAGAACCCGAAGUUGCAGGCGGGCCUGGACGCGGUCAGCCUCUGCAGCAGCACGGCCAGCGGCAUGAGGUCGCCCCAGUGCCGUAUCUGCUUCCAAGGGCCUGAGCAGGGGGAGCUAUUGAGUCCCUGCCGUUGUGAUGGCUCUGUGCGCUGCACUCACCAGCCCUGCCUGAUUCGCUGGAUCAGUGAGAGGGGCUCCUGGAGCUGUGAGCUCUGCUACUUCAAGUACCAAGUCCUGGCCAUCAGCACCAAGAACCCACUGCAGUGGCAGGCUAUUUCCCUGACGGUGAUUGAGAAGGUGCAGAUCGCCGCCAUCAUCCUGGGCUCACUCUUCCUCAUCGCCAGUAUCUCAUGGCUGGUGUGGUCUUCUCUCAGUCCGUCCGCUAAAUGGCAACGGCAGGACCUACUCUUCCAGAUCUGCUAUGGCAUGUACGGAUUCAUGGACAUCGUGUGCAUAGGCCUUAUAAUCCAUGAGGGCUCAUCAGUGUACAGAAUCUUCAAGCGAUGGCAGGCUGUUAAUCAACAGUGGAAAGUUUUGAACUAUGAGAAGUCAAAAGACUUGGGAGACCCAGCGAGCUCCAGCAGCAAGGCGGGAAAUCGCGGCUCGCGCAGUAACCCGCAUGGUCUGGCCAGCGGCAGCAGGGGGGGCCAGCGAGUGCGCCGGUUCAGGACUAUCCUCAACCACCACUGUGGAUACACCAUUCUCCACAUCCUCAGCCAACUGCGGCCCAGUGACCCGCGGCUCGGAACUGCCACCAACCGCGAGGUGGUGAUGCGGGUCACGACUGUAUGAGGUCGGAUGUAAAGAGGACCAUCUACAUAUUUCAGGCUUCAAGCGCCUUUCCUACAAAGACAGCGUGCCACCGAACAAAGCCAUGUGCUAUGGAUAAUUCAGAUAAUAUCCAGAAAUGCGUAAUGCACAAUGAAUAAUGCAGAAAUGCUAAAGACUUGACAACAUUGCUGGAAUUUCAAUCAGCAAGAUUCUCUCAUAAUCUAGCACACGAUUGCAUUUUUAGUUCGAUUUCCUCGCUGGUGUUGUUUUUUUAAUCAGUAUGGUUUUUAAAAUGUUUUGAUUUUCUAAGGGAAGAAUGGUACAUGAUGUGCUACCGACGUGUGAUGUAUAGGGUGACUCAUAUGGACUUAUUGUUGUAAAUUAUGUUUACGGAUGCUUUUGACGCAGCAAGAAAGCCAACCAUAUCCAAACGAUCACAUCGGCACAAUAACCAGGGAAACACAAUGCUAAUUGUUGCAUAAUAAAAUAUUAUCAAGGAAGAGGGUGCAAUAAGACAUAAUAAGAUUAUACAGAGAAUGAAAUACAUUAACAUUUAUAAAGAAUUUGAUCUUCUCUGCAAUAAAGAUACCUGUACAUUUUACAGUCAACUUUGCAUGAGGGUAGAGUUUUAUGCCUCCUCGACACAUGGACAUGAUGAAUUUGUUUUAU